AUGGCGGCGCCCAUAUUGCGGUACAUUUUCCGGAGCCAGUGGCUUGGUACCCAAGGCCUGUCAGGAGUCUUGUCCUUGGGGCUGCGUGAGGCCCACUCGGCCGCUCAGGGGUUGCUGGCGGUGCAGAAGGCUCGGGGUCUGUUCAAGGAAUUCUUCCCCGAGAGGGGUACAAAGACAGAGCUCCCAGAGCUCUUCGACCGCGGCACCGGGGGGAAAUUUCCCCAGACCAUCUACUGCGGCUUCGACCCCACGGCCGACUCGCUUCAUGUCGGGCAUCUGCUGGCGCUUUUGGGCCUUUUUCAUUUCCAGAGAGCGGGCCACAACGUGAUCGCGCUGGUGGGAGGCGCCACGGCGCGCCUGGGAGACCCAAGCGGUCGUACCAAGGAGCGCGAGGCGCUGGAUGCGGAGCGCGUGCAAAGCAACGCGCGUGCCCUGAGCCAAGGGCUAAAGGCCCUGGCGACUAAUCACCAGCAGCUCUUUGCAAAUGAGCGGACCUGGGGCAGCUUCACCGUGCUGGACAAUUCGGCGUGGUACCAGAAGCAGGACCUGGUGGACUUCCUAGCGGCAGUGGGUGGCCACUUCCGCAUGGGAACGCUGCUGAGCAGGCUGAGUGUGCAGACUCGGCUCAGGAGCCCCGAAGGCAUGAGUUUAGCCGAGUUCUUAUACCAGGUGCUCCAGGCCUAUGAUUUCUACUACCUGUUCCAGCAUUACGGAUGCCGGGUCCAGCUGGGUGGAUCAGAUCAGCUGGGCAAUAUCAUGUCUGGAUACGAGUUCAUCCACAAGUUGACUGGAGAAGAUGUGUUUGGAAUCUCUGUUCCUCUAAUUACAAAUACAACUGGAGCGAAACUAGGCAAGUCUGCUGGCAAUGCUGUUUGGCUAAACAGAGAUAAGACAUCUCCAUUUGAAUUGUAUCAGUUUUUUCUCAGGCAACAAGAUGAUUUGGUAGAAAGAUACCUGAAGCUCUUCACUUUUCUGCCUCUUCCAGAGAUUGACCACAUCAUGCAGCUGCAUGUCACAGAGCCAGAAAAGCGGGGUCCUCAGAAGCGACUUGCUGCGGAAGUAACAAAGCUUGUUCAUGGACAAGAAGGGCUGGCCUCUGCUAAAAGGUGUACACAAGCCCUUUAUCACAGCAGCAUAGAUGCGCUGGAAGUCAUGUCUGAUCAAGAGUUAAAAGAACUGUUUAAAGAGGCUUCAUUUUCUGAAUUAGUUCUUGACCCUGGAACAAGCGUCCUAGAUACAUGCCGCAAAGCAAAUGCCAUUCCAGAUGGUCCCCGAGGGUAUCGGAUGAUUACAGAAGGUGGAGUCAGUAUAAAUCAUAAACAAGUAACAAAUCCUGAGAGUGUUUUAGUUGUUGGACAACAUAUUCUUAAAAAUGGACUUUCAUUACUUAAAAUAGGAAAAAGGAACUUCUACAUUAUAAAAUGGCUUCAGCUAUGA